UAGCUGAAAAUUCAACAUAAUAUUUACUGGCGUUUCUUGUGUCAAAUUCAAAUCUUUAAAAAAACCGCAAAAAAUGGCGCGUGCAGCUUUAUGCAUGGCCGUCGCUUGCAUUUUAAUGCAAUGCGUUUACUCUGCCAAAUUUGAUGCAGAGAAUCGUCGUCUUAUUCUUGAUAUCAAUGAUCAAAAGACAACGAAUCAGCAAUAUUAUUCCUCUAACUUUGACACAAAUGCAUACCGAUAUGGUUAUGAUGUCGGUAAGACCGGCAAUUUCCAUCAUGAGACUCGCGGUCCUGAUGGUGUCACCUAUGGCUGUUAUGGCCUCAUCGAUCCCUAUCACUUGUUACGCGCCACACAUUAUGUGGCCGAUGCUCAUGGCUAUCGGACCGUGGAGCCAGAGAAACCAGUGGAGACCUUCCCCCCGCAUUUGUAUAACGAGACUGAUGGCGGUCCCUCGCCAGCUGGCAUUCUAUUGCAAUGGCAUGAGCUCUAUUUCCCCAUAGGUUGUGGCAAAUUCGCCAAUGGAGCCCAACACGGUGUCCCAUAUUUCAUUGGAGAUGAUUACAAGAACAAAGAUGAUGGCAAAGAUGCGAUACCAGCAUUCUCUUUGAAUAUACCCGCCAUCAAGGGUUCCGCCGAGAAGAGUUUACCCAUUCGUGGGCCAAACACUGGCGGCAUCGGCGGUGCUGGCAGUGGUACUGGUCUCUUUAAUACAGGUGCUGGACACACGUAUGAGGGAUCACCGGGAGUUCAGGCACCAUCAUUCCAGUCGGUCAAUGCUUUGUUGCCGGGCGAUAACAGUGAUGGGCGUUACCAUCCGGAUAAUAAUCCGUAUAAACAUGUUGUCGGCCCCAAUGGCGGCAAUGGAGGAAAUGGCGAUGGCGGCGGUAAAGGCGGCAAUGGAGGCAAUGGCGGUUUCGGUCCAAAUGGCGGACCCGGCGGAUUUGGCCCUAAUGGACCACCUGGACCGCCCGGACCACCAGGACCAUUAGGACCAAACGGCGCGGGAGGAGGAGGCCCAGGAAAACCGGUAUAUAGGGAUGGCGAUCGCACCGGUAGUGGGGCGGGUCAUUACCAUGGCCUGGGUGAUGCCAAUGGCAAGGGUCAGGGUAAUGCCAAUGGCAAUGGUAAUGGCGCCGGACCCUAUCGUCCUGGCAAUGAGGGAACCUACACAGAGACCUACACACAGACAGAUACCGGUUUUCCUGGGGCCAUUGUCUACGUACCAGGAAGCGGUAAAUAUAGUGGUGACGAUGGGCGUUAUAAAGGUAUUAACGAUGGCAAAUAUUAUCAUGAUGAUUCGGGCAAAUAUGUGCACGUUGAAGGACCCACAGGACCACCGGCACCACCAUACGUUCAUAUUGUAGGACCGGAAGGCGGUUUCGGCGGCAACGGCGGUAAAGGUGAUGGCGGCGGUGUUGGACCAGGCGGCCCAGGAGGCCCGAAAGGACCUGGCGGCCCAGGUGGACCAAAGGGACCCAAUGGCCCGCCAGGACCUCCCGGACCACCGGGACCACCUGGACCACCCGGACCACUAGGCCCAACUAAGCCAGGACCAAAGGGACCUUUCGGCCCACCCGGCCCACCGGGACCUCAGGGACCAACUAAGCCAGGCCCAUACGGACCACCAGGACCACCCGGACCAACUCGCCCAGGCCCUCCAGGACCACCAGGACCAACUCGUCCCGGCCCACCAGGACCUCCAGGACCAACCUAUCCAGGACCACCCGGACCAACUCGUCCAGGACCACCAGGACCAUCUCCACCAUACAAGCCACCACCACCAAAUGAUCCCAGACAUUCGGACAAGGAGACCCCUGGCUAUUUGCCACCGGAUCAACCUGGUAAAAUCCCAAGACCACCACCAUCUCAGUCCCAAGUCAUUGGUUUCGAGCCACCCUCGAAGACAGUGUACAAACCAAAUUACGAACACCAUAAUGAUUAUGUUAUUAAGCAGCCGCCAAUUGUUAAAACACCUACACCCACACCAAUUCCAACCACACCAAAACCAGUACUAACCUAUGUAAAAACUUCCACCUCUCUUCCCAAACUACCCGCUCCCGCUCCAACUCCUGUUCCCGUUCCUGUCCAUGUACCUGAACCUGUUCGUCCAAAACCGAUAUCAACAACAACUCAAAAACCGUUUACCACAUACUAUGAACAGCCAAAGGUCCCGGCUAUCAUUAUUGAGAAGGAUAAGCCAGUUAAAAGCAUUACAACACCAAUUAAAACAACGGGUAAUAUUAAUAUAAAUAAGACCCCCCCAGUCGUACCAAGUAGACCAUACUUACCGCCAGUUACUGUACAGCCACACUAUGAAACCUCGACCUCGUAUUAUCAGCCAUCCACUCCACGACCAUUUGAGAAAACGAACGUUACACCAAGUAUCAUACAGUAUCAUACACCACAGGUUCCAUCUAUUCCAAAAAUACCCGUUACGGUGACCUCACGACCUACCCCAAAUCCAAUUUAUAAUGAACCAAAAGUAACACCACGUCCCUAUACACCAUCUAAUCCUCCCACUCUUAGCCGACAAGAUGCCUGUGUUUGUAAUGCCGAUAAGCAGCAGCACUCAUCGAAAUCCUCCACCAGCACCUCCUACCACUCUUCCACUAGCACCUCUAGCAUCUAUCCUAAUACCAAUCAAAUCAAUCCAAAUCCAGCCUCGGUUGAUUUUAAUAAACAAUUCACCGGCUUCAAUGGAAAUCAAUUUGCCAACUUUGGCAGCAUAAUGAACGCCAUGUCACUAACACAAUUGCCCGUUAUACCACAAGCUCCUGGUCAGCCAGCCUUCUAUCCGCCCGAUAAGAUACCAAAGGGUGCGGUUAUUGCCUUUAUGCCGGUUGUCAUAUUGCCACAGGAAUAUUAUGCCAAUUGUGAAGAAAAUUCAAUCUAUUCGAACGAAAAGUAUCAAAAUGUAGAUCCCUUCCCAUUGGGCGUACAACCGUCGUCGAUACCAAAUGCCUUCAGCUUGCAUUCCGUUUUCACUGGUGGCGCACCCAAAGAUCAAUGCAUGUGUCCAUGCUCUUGUACCCAGAAUCUGCCCCAACGAUUGCACAAGAAACGUGAGACAAGCGAGUCCGGCGAUAUAAAGGUAGCAGCUGCUGAAGCCGUAGAAGCCGCCGCCUCGACCCCAGUCGAAGUGAAAGCUGAGGCACCAGCAGCAGCAGCAGUCCCAGAAGUGUCCAAGUCUACGGAGCCUGAAGUAGCCGCCUCGACCCCGGUCGAAGUGAAAGCUGAGGCACCUGCAGCAGUGGCAGCACCAGCUGUCCCAGAAGUGCCCAAGUCUGCGGAACCUGAAGCAGCCGCCUCAACACCAGUUGAAGUGAAGGCUGAGGCCCCAAGCGAUCCCAUUGUGGCAGCACCUUCCGAAGAAAUUCCAGCAAUAUUUGCACCCAAAGCAGCGGCGGCGGCGCCAACUGAUGACAAAAUCAAAAGCGAAACAACAACGAACUAGACAAAAAAUGCGACCAAGCGACGGAACGACGUUUUCUUUUCCAAUUCCCAGAUCCCAGAUCCCGCAUACAUCCUGAUCCCCACAAUCCAAUCCCACAACUAACUGCAGAAGUGUUUUCCAGUCAAUCUAGAGAGCUAAUUGUAAGAAGAAAACGAGAAAAGAAAACGCGCUGCUCCUCUCCUAGAGGGAGUACGAUUUUUAUGUGUUCGAUAAACGAUAAAACAUUUUUUUUAGCCCAUCAAAUUUUUGUAAAAACUAAAAAAGGGUAGAAAAAAUAAUUGCAAUGCACUCCUAGAUUUCUGU